AUGUUUGGUGAUUGUCAAGUUAUGUCAACAAUGGGAGGAGGAAAUGUUGUAACGAACUCAGAAUCUCUCUUCUCUUCUCCGAUCCACAACCCUAACUUCAACUUCAUGCCAACCAUGCCUUUUCAACCUUUUUCUUCCUCCAUGAAAGAAGAAGAUGGAAUGUUGAGAGGGAAGGAAGAGAUAAUGGAUCAAAGUGGUUCAGGUAGUGAACAAGUUGAAGACAAGUCAGGAAAUGAACAAGAGAUCAACAAUGAAGAACAACAACAAGCUGCAAAGAAGAAACGUUAUCAUAGACACACUGUUCGUCAGAUCCAAGAAAUGGAAGCUUUGUUCAAGGAAUGUCCACACCCAGAUGAUAAACAAAGAAUGAAACUAAGCCAUGAUUUAGGACUGAAACCACGCCAGGUUAAAUUCUGGUUUCAGAAUCGUCGAACUCAGAUGAAGGCACAACAAGAUCGUUCAGAUAAUGUGAUACUUAGAGCAGAAAAUGAAGGUUUAAAGAAUGAGAACUAUCGGUUACAAGCUGCUUUACGUAAUAUUAUCUGUCCUAACUGUGGUGGGCCAUGUAUAAUGGGCCCUGAUUUGGGCCUUGAUGACCAUCAACUUCGAAUUGAAAAUGCUCGUUUAAGAGAAGAGCUGGAACGUGUUUGUUGUAUAACAUCAAGAUACACUGGUCGUUCACUCCAAACAAUGGCACCACCUUCAUCUCUUAUGCAACCAUCACUAGAUUUGGACAUGAACAUAUAUCCAACAAGACACUUUGUUGAUCAAAUUUCGCCAUGCACAGAAAUGAUUCCUGUCCCUAUGUUACAGUCUGAAUCUUCACAUUUUCAAGAGGGUGGUCUUUUGUUAAUGGAAGAUGAGAAAUCACUGGCUAUGGAUCUUGCAGUUUCUUCUAUGACUGAACUUGUUAAGAUGUGUCAAAUGAAUGAACCGCUUUGGAUUCGGAACGGCGAGAAUGAAAGGGAAGUGCUUAAUUUUGAUGAGCAUGCUAGGAUUUUUCAAUGUCCUUUGAAUCUUAAGCAGAGAAGUGAGUUGAGGACAGAAGCUACGCGUGAUAGUGCUGUUGUUAUUAUGAAUAGUGUCACUCUUGUUGAUGCUUUUCUUGAUGCUCAAAAAUGGAUGGAUUUGUUUCCAACAAUAGUUGCUAGAGCAAAAACUGUCCAAAUUAUAGCUUCUGGUGCUUCUGGUCACGCAAGUGGGACUCUUCAGCUGAUGCAUGCAGAAUUUCAAGUUCUUUCUCCAUUGGUGUCCACUAGAGAGACUCAUUUUCUUCGAUACUGUCAGCAAAAUGCCGAGGAAGGAACUUGGGCCAUUGUUGAUUUUCCUGUUGACAGCUUUCACCAAAACUUUCACCAUUCAUAUCCCAAAUACUGCAGAAGGUCCUCUGGCUGUGUGAUUCAAGAUAUGCCAAAUGGCUAUUCAAGGGUAACAUGGGUUGAGCAUGCAAAAGUUAUAGAGAAACCUGUCCAUCAAAUAUUUAGUAACUAUGUGUAUACUGGAAUGGCAUUUGGUGCACAACGUUGGUUAGGAGUUUUGCAGAGACAAUGUGAAAGGGUUGCGAGUCAAAUGGCUAGAAACAUAUCUGAUCUUGGAGUGAUACCUUCUCCGGAGGCGCGGAAGAACUUGAUGAAACUAGCUAACAGGAUGAUAAAAACUUUUAGUCUUAACAUGACUACUUGUGGUGGUCAAUCAUGGACUGCUAUAUCAGAUUCACCAGAAGACACUGUUAGAAUCACAACUAGGAAAAUCACUGAGCCUGGCCAACCUAAUGGCGUGAUUCUCGCCGCUGUUUCAACUACUUGGCUUCCUUAUUCUCAUACCAAGGUCUUUGAUCUUCUCCGAGACGAACGCCAUAGAUCUCAGAUGGAUGCUCUUUCAAAUGGGAACUCGUUGAAUGAAGUGGCUCAUAUUGCAAAUGGUUCACAUCCAGGAAACUGCAUUUCGCUUCUUCGCAUAAAUGUAGCAAGUAACUCAUCACAGAAUGUAGAGCUAAUGCUGCAAGAGAGUUGCACAGAUCAAUCAGGAAGCUUAGUAGUCUACACGACAAUCGACGUUGAUUCAAUCCAGCUAGCCAUGAGUGGUGAAGACCCUUCAUGCAUUGCACUUCUUCCACAAGGGUUCGUGAUAGUUCCAAUGGUUUCAUCAAACACUGACACAUCAAGCCUUGGCGGAAACACAUCUGAUCAAGGAACAGCAUCAUCAACUACUACUACUAAUGCUGCUGCUGCUGCUAACUCAGGUUGUCUUCUUAUCAUGGGAAUGCAAGUUCUAGCAAGCACAAUUCCUUCUGCAAAGCUUAACCUUUCAAGUGUCACAGCAAUCAAUAACCACCUUUGCAACACCCUGCACCAAAUUGAAAGUGCUCUUUGUAGCACCACUAACAUCAAUUGCUUUGUUGGGUCUUGCAAUGAACCAACCACUAGUGCACCUCCCAAGUAG